CGCUGUUAUCUGUGGUCGCGGUGACUAUGAAAAUCGGCGUAUGCGUCAAUGUAUUUCUGUGCCUAUUUUUAUGUGCAAAUUCUAAAAAUUCGAAAAGAAUCCAACAUAGUGUGUGUUAAAAAUAGAUCCUGUGGAAUGUGUCUUCGCCAGCAUGGGAAAUAUUUGUGUAUGUGAAGUUGAGUUCUUUAUAAAAAUAAAUACAACUCGGUGUAUCUGAAAAUUUCGUGUCAAAGGCAAAAGAGCUCGUCCACAUGUUUCCCGAAAUCGUUAGUUAUAAUUUUCCAGUGCUUUGAAAAUAAUAUUUCAAUACCGCAAUUUAAUGAAAGAAAUGCCGAAAGUGAAAGAAUCGGUUCAAAAUUAUUACAGAAUCGUUAAGUCCAAAUUAUUGAAAUCCAAAAGGGUGGGUUGCAAUCAUGGACUGCCCGAGAGGUGAGCUUACACGCCACAACCAAAUUAGCUGACAGUGUCCAAACAGCUAUUUUUUAAGUAGAAUAAAAUUCAUUUUAAUAAAAAAAUAACCGAGCUCACACGAUAUUGGAAACAAAAGUUAUAAGUGCGGUUUUCGAUGAGCCUAACGACGGUCGACAGCUGUGCGUUUGGUGGACGAAGUGUAAGCGAAGUGCGAGUGCGCCUCAUUUGGCGGUAAUCGAUACACUGUGGCCCCCACGCAUGCAGCCAAAGGCGCCGCGGGGGCCCACCCAUCAUUGAUAGCGCUGCGCGUAUUGCUGUUUCUGGCAACAACAACAACAUUUCUGGUGGGGUCGGUGCCAGCCCUCGCGGUGUCCACAGCCCAAAGACAAAUUGCGCAUCGAACUGGCCAGACUAGUGUGAGGAGUAGCAACAACAACAACAGCAAAUGUACAAGUCAUGCAGCAAACAAAGAGUCUGAAGCGGAUGCAACAUCUUUAUGGCCAUUUUUCACAUGGCCGAUGACACGAGCCGGUGUUGCAACGCCAACAACAAUAGCGACAACUACAAAACUAAUGCAAACAACAAAUGCCUCAGUAGCAUCAGCUAGAAAUAGGAAGGUGCUCAUAAAUUUGCGCGCCAACAGCGGUGACAGCGGUAGGAGCCACAACAACAACAACAACAGUAAUAAUAAUAGCAUAAGCAACCAGCCAAGCGCAGGGCAAAGCAAAUAUUUGACAUGGUACAAAAUAGUGAGCGAACACAACAACAGCGACGACAAUUACACACACAAAUCAAACAACUACAACGAAAGUUACAACAGCAAAAGCAACAUUGCAACAACGACAGCGACAACGAGGCGCAACGAACAAAUUGGAAACGUAGACGGAAACGCCGGCGGAAACGGAAGCGUUCGGGUAGCGCAUACGGGAAAUGCCAAUAAAAGUAGAAGAAGAAAAAGCGAAAAUAGUUACUACACUGUAAAUAAAUUUGUGUUAGCAGCAAAUGAACGGCGCUCCGUCGGCAGGCGCCAUGUAAAUAAGAGCCUUGUAAAUAGUGUAAAUAAGAGUAAAAAUAGGCGUAGAAGUAAGAAUAGGCGCCGUGCCAACGGCCACAGUUAUCAUAGUUCCCAAGUGAAAGAAGAAAGAGAAAAAAGCAAAGCGUUUGCAAAUAUCACGCACCCACAAUUCGAUCGCGAAAGGCAGUUCAGUGUAAAUUAUUUCAAUAAAAGUGUUAGUGCUAGUGCUGGUGUUAGUAUUGAGUCAGAGCGCAUACAAAAUAGUUCGCAAAAUCUCAUUGCUAAUAAAGAGGUACCAAUAUUUUCGGGUGCCUUUCCUUCGCGUGCGCAAAUUUCUACUCACGACAAACAGCAGUCACUCGCGGUGAAUAACAGUGCAACAAUUACAGCUACAACGACAACUACAACAGCAAGCACGCGGCUCGAUUACAUUGUGAUUGCCGACUACAAUCGCCCGCGCAAGCGCAGCUUCUGGCAGAAAUACGGUGAGUAG